UGGUAUUUGUUUUAAACAGGUGUUUCAAAUCGUGCGUAUUGUUUAUGUUUAAAUAUGAUACUCACGCAUCUUUUAAAUAUCAUACAAUCGAUAACGUAUUGCAUUUAUCUGAAUUACGUCGGUUACGCCAUUGGAGUCCAGAAGAUGACCCUUGGGUUGAGCAUGCGCGUUUCUCUCCAAAGUGUGAUUACUUGCUCAGUGUGAAGGGACAAGAAUUUGUGAACUUAAUACAGUUGGCGGUUCAGUAUUCAUCUUAUCCUGCAAAUGCUACUUCAAAUCUAUUGAACCAUACGUCAUCGAAAAAUAUGUCUACUUUAACUUCUUCAUCAGAGCAUAGUAUUUCGAAAGCUCAAGUGAGAGAGAAUGCUGAAUUACACAGCAUCCUGAAGUGUAUGUACUGUAGCCGUAAGGAGGUAUCCCUGGUUUUCCUCCCAUGUGGGCACCUCGUCUCAUGCGAUGAGUGUGGAAAGGAGCAACGGAUGUGCAGAAUGUGUGGCUCCAACAUUAAAGGCACAGUGCGCACUUUCCGGGUAUAAGAACAUGAAGAAGUAAUUAUACAUAAUAUCAUCUUCAGCCUUUGACUAAUAAGGUUAAUAAAUCCUCAAUAUGGCCAACAUGGUGCACUUCCACAUAUAAAUGCGGGAUAAAAAUCAGUUUAAACAUGUUUGUGACGUGGGCACUUUGCAUCAUUAUGUUUACCAAUAUAUAUUCGCGAGCGUUUUGUGAACAAACAGAUGCAAAUAUGUAUACUGUUUUGGUAUGGGUAUUUGGGUAUGUAUAUUAUUAAUUGUUUUGGUUUCUUUUUAUGUUUAAUGUGCAUGUAUCGCCUAUCGUAACAUGUUAUUUACGACAUAAAACCAAAUAAAACAUG